UAUUUCCGCUUGACUCGUUCGAAGGAAAGGACGAUCAGAAACCAUUCGCCAAGCACGUGUCCGAAACAGACUAGCUCAGCUGUGUUAAUUUCAUGAUACAUAACCUGUGUCAUAAAGGGAAUAGUCUUUUUCUUUGGAUAUAAAUCAUGAGAAAUCUUGAACUACUGAGGAGUUUUCCAGUGCCGGAGUUGGAAGGAACUGAGGACCCAUUUUGUUUGUCAGUGGAUUGUGAUUGUGGAGUUAUUUACACCGCAACAUCUACUCACAUAACAGGCGUCCAGCCCUCCACUCAUCAGGUACAACACUGCAGUAGGCCGUGUAAUUAUGCCUUUGAAAAUUCGCUCUUGAUAGUUUUUGAAGCCACUAUUAAUAACUGCUGUACAAUAGCCAUCAGCUUUUUUUGUGGUUUUUUUUUUAUUCUACAGGCUGUAAGUUCUGUUUCACUUGUAUCCGAUGGGUACCUGCCAGAAGAUGGUAGUGGCUGUGUUAUUGGAAUGCAGCACUUGCCAGACUUGGAAUCUGUAUGUGUGGCCACUGCAAAAGGAGAUGUAAUUCUUUGGAAUACAGUUACUGACCAGGUAAGCCGAGGUCUGGUUUGGGUAAUUGUCAAGAACAAAUCCCUCAAAAAAAAAAGAACAGUCAAAUAUAACCCAAAGUGGGAGUGUGAGUUGAAGCUCUAGGUUUGAGACCUGGCCAAGUCAUUGUCUCAGGCUGGGGUGCUUUUGUUGGUUCACGCUCAAGAUACUUUUGUAGUUUCUAACUCUCUACUCAUGAUCAACCAGUAACAUCAAACCCAAUGGCUAAAAUCAGAGGGGAUGGGUUGAAGAGGCCAUGGGAUGAAAUAGGGGAAGAAGAGGAGGUUAAUUAUAAUAGGUUUUUUUUGGAUAAACUUAAAUCUUGAAAUAUUUGCACCUCACACAACUUACCUUUUUAUUAUUGAGAAGAAAAUAUAUAUUACAAUUUGAUGGUAGUAUUUCCCAGUAAAUCAUGUAAAAAAGAGAAAAAAAAGGGAAAAAUAAUUUGAAAAAUUUAAGCCUUGAUGAGGAUCUUGACAUGUCCAGGCAUGUGGUUCAGUCAAUAUGUUCCUUUGUCAGGUUGAAUGUGUUGGCAGUGUGGACAGUGGGCUCAGGUGUAUGGAAUGGAGUCCUGAUCAAGAGCUUGUGGUAUUCAUGACAGGUUGGAAAAUAUUAUUCACGUUGAUGACCUUUAAGGAAUUAAUUCUAUUGGUAUGCUGUUUUGAUAUAGCACACAAAAACUAAUUUACACAUCUUUAUGAAAUCUGAAGACUUUUCCUUUGACAUUUUUUAAGGAGAAGAAACUCUUAUCAUAAUGACAAAGGAAUUUGAUGCCAUUUGUGAGUUCCCUUUUCACUCAGAGGAGUUUGGUGAGGGUGAGUCAUCCAAUUGCUUACAGCACCUUUGUAUUAAUUGUUGCAGGCUCUCCAAAAUAAGGCACAACUCACUAUCAAAAGAUCUUUAAUUUUUAUACUAUUACAAGUAUUGUUAAGGUUUUUUUUUUAAUUUUAGAUUUACUGAGGAAUAUAAAUACAGAUCUGUUAAGACUUAAUUCAUAUGUAUAUAUUUUCUUGUCAGAAAAACCAAUCACAGUUGGUUGGGGAAAAAAAGAAACACAGUUCCAUGGGUCCCAAGGCAAACCAACAGCUGCUGAUGUACAAGAAGUUGUGAGUGUGAUUUUCUUUAGUACAUGGUGUAAUAUACUUGUGGUGAUAUUUAUACCUGUCUACUUUAAAUCUCACAGAGAGAAUUACAUACAGUGUUUUUACUUUGAAGUUUUAUUACCAUCCACAGAAGGGUACUUCAAGUAGGAAGUUCACUUGAAUCUUUUUUGCUGCAUGCACUGGAUUGCAUUGACUUUGAUUUCAUUCUACAACAGAUUGCCAAGCCUGCUGCAAGUUGGGAUGACAGGAAACCAAGAAUCAGCUGGCGUGGUGAUGGACAAUUUUUUGCAGCCAGUGCAAUCCAUCCUUUGACAGGUAUCUGCUUUAGCACAUCAUUUUUGUUCUUAAUACUCCUACCUUCAUCUCUCUCCUCCCCUGCUAAAUAUCAUACUUUGCUUUCAAGGGCAUUGUACAACUUUGACUUCACUAACUAUGGCUCAUUCUGAGUUCUAUAUCUCCAGUCAUGUCAAUUAAUUUUGUUCACAAUUUUAGUCAGCAUCCAAAUGUAUGUACCAUAAGUCACACAUGAAAAUGAUUGUAUGUUGCUUGAUGAUAGGUGCAAGGACACUAAGAGUAUGGAAUAGGGAAGGUGUACUCAGCUCUACAAGUGAAAAUGUUGAUGGAUUGGAACAGGCAUUAUUUUGGAGGUAGGUUCAUGAAAGUCAUUAGCAAAGUUUUGUUGCUUUCCCUCAAGCUCGUUUGCCUCUAUUUUUUUUUCUAUUUUUUUAUACAGUUUUUAUUUAAUUGUCUUAACUUUUUUCCAUUUUUUUAAACAUUUGUUUUUAUAAUUAUCUUUUCAGACCAUCAGGCAGCUUAAUAGCUUCAACCCAGCGCAAGCCUCAUAGACAUGAAGUGAUUUUCUUUGAGAGAAAUGGCCUCAGACAUGGAGAAUUUGUGCUUCCUUUAGGCAAGAUGGAAGUUCAGGUAAAUAGCAGUCAAUGGUUUACACUGUAACAUCAGUAUGCAUAAUCUCCAUACUGUUCUCCAUACAUGUGGUGAAAAAGGAGAAUUUGUAUAACAAUCACAUAAGAACUUCCUUAGUUGGUGAUCAUUUCUUUUAUUCUUGUUACCUCAAUGUGUAAUUCAGGGGUGAUAUUGUAAAGAGAAACUGGUCAACUGCAAGGUUAAAGCAUUAAACAUGCUGUAACAAUAUUUUAUGGCUGAUUUGGCGCAAUAUGUUUUUGUUUAAGUUGAAUAAAAACCUCACUGAGGCUGUAAUCUCUGGCCUUUGUGAUCAUAAAUGAUGAUAGCUAUAAAAAGCUCAUGGGCAUAAUAAUAUCAGAGCAGAUGUGUGUGGCCUUAAACAUGUUGCCUUUCUUCCUUUUUUUGUUUUUGUUUUUGUUUUUUUUGGGUUUUUUUUGAGGGGGGGGCUGUAGUAGACUGUCAUUGAUAGUUCUCAUUGUGUGGUUGCAACAUGCCACUUCCCAAAAGAGUGGCUGCUUGGUAAAUAUUAACAUUUUGUAUGUUGUAAUAAUGUCUUGUACAAGGUAUUGGAAAUAGCAUGGAAUAAUGACUCAUCAGUACUAGCUGUCUGGUCUGAAGAGUUACCAAGCACAGAACAGAUAGAAGAAUUUGUACCAAAGUCUUAUGGUUUGUUUUCUUCAUUUAUAAACCCUGUAAACCCCAACAUCGUUAUAAAUAUCCUCCCCACUGUACUCUAUACGUUGCCUAAGAUGUUGACACGGAGAAUUUGUUCAACAACAGAGAGCUUGGUGAUCAUGUCCUUUAUUCUCGUGAUUCAGGGGUCAUAUUGCAAGGAGAAUUUAGAUGCUGGUCACUCAUAGGGAUCAAAAGGUUUAUUAGAGAUGUGUCAUUUUUAUUUAGAUGUAAAACUAAAGUGAUAGGAAUCACUCUCACUCUCAUCUUUUCCAAUUAACAAUGUUGUUAGAUAUGGCUCUCUAGUUGUUCUUUCACUAAUACUAUGCUAAGAUAACACUAACAUAUUAAUGUUUUACCUUGUGACUUGCAGUUCAGUUGUGGACAGUGAAUAAUUAUCACUGGUAUCUGAAGCAGCAAAUGGAAUUCCCAGCAUCUGCUAAACAUAGAGUGGCCUGUCUUUUAUGGGACCCAGAGGCUGCCCUAAGAAUGCACAUCAUGACAAGAGGUAAGAAUGAUCACAUGCAAAUUGUAGCACAUUGGUUGCAAGAUAAAUGUCAUUAUUAAGCAAAUAUAUAUGAUCUUACAUGUGCCAGUUGUCCAAAAUUGAGAUGAGUUAGUGGUCUUCUUCUUGAUUAUUUUCUGUCAUGACUCUGAGCUCAACAAAUGCAUUUUAAAAUUAUUUCCUUGCACAGGAGGUCAGUACUUGAGUUAUGAGUGGUGUUGGAGUACAGUUCAUAGUGAAGGGGCUAGUGAACAAAACAUGUCCACUGUAGCAGUAAUUGAUGGAGGUAUAGUUGGUAAUACAGUUAUAGCUUUUUGAAAGUGUUUUAAUUGUUUGAGAAUUUUGAUUUAAAAUUAUUCUCUGUUCCCUGUGUAAAAUAGAUCUCAUUCAUAAGUAAAUAGUUCAUGAGUAAGUUUUCCACAUUUUCCUUGUUCCCACAUUUAUGUCGGAUCAAUAUCAGUAGCUGGGCAACUGCCCACCUACCCCUCCCCUAACUCAACAAAAGUCAAUUGACAACAAGUUAAGGUUAAUGUUGGGUUAGGGGAGGGGUAGGUGGGCAGUUGCCCAAAUACUGAUAUUGAUCCUUUAUGUUCAUACAUGUAGAUGUACAUAGGUGCAGCAAGUUAUUGUCAAGUUUUGGUUUGCGUAAAUAUGCAUGGCCAUUUAUGAAUUCAGCCAUCUGUAUUUUUACCCUUUGCUCUACUAAGAAUAACUAGCAUCUAAGCCCUCCUUAUGAUAUCACCCCUAAAUUAAAUGUCAAGGUCAGGAGGCCAAAGGGAAUGACCACCAACUUAAGAACUUAUUGAUUGUUGAACAAAUUCUCCUUGCCAGCAUCUUAGGAAAUGUAUAGAGAACAGUAUGGUGAAUAUUUGUACUGAUGUUUGGAUGUAAAAGCCAGGUUUAGUUCAGAUAUUCCUUAUCUUAUUUGUAGCUAAGUUGUUGCUAACUCCAAUGAAACACAUGGUGGUUCCCCCUCCAAUGUCUGCCUAUGCCCUGGACCUGCCAUCCCCAGUGUCCACCAUCAGCUUUGCUCCCCCCACACACUGUAGUGAUAUGGCAGUUAUGAUGUCCAAUGGUAAGAUGGCAAUCUUCAAAUUAUUGACAGAAAAUGGCAAAAAAGAAGUGUUCAGGGCACCUGGCAAAGCCCCAAAACUUGUUGGCAUUUACAGGUAACAUAGUGUUGCUAUUUUUCUCUCAACAAAAUUCUUUCUCUUGGUACAGAAAUUGACAGAUAAUGAAAAGAUGCAUUUAAAUUGUUUACUUGUGUUCUCUUCCAAGCUACAACCAUUUUGGUACCCAUGGGGACUUAAAAACAAUUUUGGCAACUUAGUCACCAACUUGGAUACCUGUGUUUUACCUCCAUGUGAUAUGUUGUUACAUAUUUAGAACCAAGUUUUAGGGUUUGAAGACAAGACGAUCCUAGACCCAGGCAACCAUUUUGUAAUUUUAGGAUGUGGAAUGGAAUAAGCUUCUUGCUUAUUUACUCAUUCUUUAUUAUGUGUUUCUUGUACAUAACAGUAUAGACACCAAAGACUUUCCAACAGUAUGGACAGGAGCCUUGUGUUGGCGGCAGAUGAUUUGGUGGAAGGACUGCACCCUUAUCGCAGUUGGAUGGGAUACCAUGAGUCAGAAAGACAUUGUUUGUGAAUUAGAGAUCUCUGCAGAAGAUGGGGCUAAUAGCAUUGCUAUCAGGUGAGAGUUGAACUUAUGUGUAUUCACAGUGAUACAGUCUUACUUAUUUCUAUUUCCUUUGUGAAUCACAGCCAGUCUGCCAUUAACAGGGUUUCAUUAUAGUAGAUUGUGAGCCAGGCAAUAUACCCACAUAACAUGCAAAGUUAUAUCAGCAGAAGUCAUUGAUUCCAAACACAAUGCUGGUGGGUGUCUCGUUGUUCCUUUCAAUGGAGUAAACUUCUGUUAAACUCUUGAGAUUUUUUUUUACAUGAUUUGCAAGCACCCUCAAUUUUUCAUAACACUCUCCAUUACCUUUCGUUUGUUAACAAUUUAUUUGUUAAGAAAUCCAAAUAAACAGUGGUCUACAUAACCAGCAUACUUGAGAAUGCAAGUCAUUAUUUACCCUUUGACUCACAAGAGUGACUAGCAUCUAAAUUCUCACAGCAAAAUUUCAAGGAAAUGUGUAGAAGCUAGAGGGGAGAAUUUACAAUAUCACUGCUGAAUCAAACUUUAAGGCCACGAGAGUAAAGGAAAUGAUCACCAUGUAGAGAAGCUUUUUAUUGUUGAACAAAUUCGCCUUAUCAGCACCUUAGAAAUGUUUAGAGAACAGUAAAGGGAAUACGGAGGAUGUAAAGGUUUCACUAAGCUUUAUUACUUCCAAUUUCUUCUCUUUUCUUCUCAGGCGCACGACUGAAACCGACACGCCAGUCCUUCGUCUUUGUGCCCGUCGUCACACUGAGUCUGUAUUGGUGGAGCUCAUCAAUGGAAACUUACUUAGUUACACUUCAGGUAUCUAACUUGAAAGGCGAGUUGAGUCCUUGUUCAAAGGUCUCCUAAAUCUGACGUGACAUAUUUAUUUUGUUUUCAGAUUCAAGCCAGGCCAAAUUAUCACCAUGGUUUAACAGUCGAGGACUUGAAAUCUCUCUCCCUCAACCAUGCCAGUGUGUAAAAACAGCCUUAGUGGGAGAUGAGGUUUGUAACUCAAAUCUAAUUUUGUUCAGUGGUCAAAGUUGACCCGAGUCUCCUCACCUUCUGCAGUUGUUAGACAUUUUUGAAGCAGUUUCUUUCGGACAGAAAAGACGUGCAGUCAUAGUAUCACAGUGAGGAAUUAAUCCCCCCCCUCCCUCCCCACCCUUUCUAAAGCCUCAAGCCCCAAUUUUACUAAAGGACCUUUGUCAAUUGACUGUGAACUUCCAUUCCAUGGAAUAAAACAGCGAUGUCAUAUCCAGUUUCUAUGGCGGAUUAAUUCCUAAAGGAGGAUUUAAAAAAAACACACCCGUGAAGGCAGAUACAAAAUUCGUCAACCUCAGGCAAAAGUUAAACCCUGACAUUUUGAUCUGGACUCAUGAAAACUUUCCCCGAAGCCAUUUUGCCGUAACUAAGCAAUCCUUUUUUUUUGAAAAUUUACAGGAAGUCGUUCUGGGAUUGACUGAACACUCAAGGUUAUAUGCGAAUAACAAAGAGGUACGAUUCUGUAUUUUGAUGAUUUUAUCGUAGAGCCAAAUACCACAGCUGACAGCGGAACACAAUUUGAAUUUUACAUUAUAGGUGGCUUCAAACUGCUCUUCCUUCGCUGUUCAUGAUGAAUUUCUUCUUCUAACAACGCAUGCGCACACGUUGCGUUGUAUAAGUCUUUUACCAACCACGCGAGGUAGGUUCCAGACAUUUUGAUUAGAAACUUAUUUUCAUGACUAAGAUCGACACGAAUUCUUAGAAAUAAAGCACUUGCAAAAUUAAGGCGACAUUUUUCCAUAUCCGAACUCUGAGUUAGUGCGGUUAAGAAUCCAUCACCUUUUUUAGCUUUAGCGCCACAAACUUGUUUGAUCUCAGCGAAAGCUUACUUCAGACUACUCCUUGAUGUCGUAGGUUUGCCAGUUUUGGUUGAAGAUAAACCGCAUCCUUUGGAUGAAAACAUAAGACGCGUCGAGAGAGGUUCACGGAUAGUUGUCGCAGUUACUCAAGAUACGAAAGUUGUUCUGCAGGUACGAGAAAAGGAAUACUUUAAAAAGACUUCAUUUUGCCACUGUGGAAUUCUUUUACAUUCAGGCCUGGCGUUUAGGUUACCGUGUUGAACUCUGAAUCGAGAAGUCUGGGUCCGAGAGGCCAUGACGAGGUCAUCUGAGUUGUGUUCUUACGUAAGACUCUGAACUCUUACAAUGCUCUCUUCGCCAAACUGCCAGGAAAUACUCGCUAAUUACUGGGUGGAUUCACAAGCGAUGGUCUCGCACACCAUCCAGAAAGAAUGAAGUUUUCCUAGUUGCUUCUUUCUAAAGAAACACGGUUAAGUUGCGUAGCUACUCAAUUCAGCUUCGUAUACAGACCCUAUUUUAGUGACAAGAACUUUUGCCAGAGGUUUUCCUCAUGUGGCUAAUGUAUACAACUUAAGUGUUAUCUUUGUCUGAUUAUCCUCAUAGAUGCCUCGUGGAAAUAUAGAGACUAUUCAUCCUCGAUCACUAGUUUUGUCGUAUUUACAAAAAUGUUUAGACAGGUGAGUGGGCCUGGUGAUGAGACUGGAUUUUUGACGAGACUGGACACCAGGUGACUAGUGCCUAAGAUCGGAUGUUGGUGUUUAAAAACGGAUACUAGUCUCGGAAUAAUUGGACUUAAGACACUGGCAACCCAAAGCAGACUCCAGUGUCUAUAAUGGAACAUUGUUGUCUAAAAUCGAAACUCUAGUGUCUAAAAUAGGACACUAUGGGGUCUAAAAUCGGUCACUAUUGUCUAAAACCAGACUCUAGUGUUUAAAAGUGGAGAACCGUGUCUAAAAUUGGACAAUAGUGUCUAAAAUCGGUCACUACUGUCUAAAAUCACACGCUAACGUCUAAAAGUGGGGAACAGAGUCUAAAAUUGGACAAUAGUGUCUAGAGUCGGUCACCACAGUCUAAAAUCAUACGCCAGCGUCUAAAAGUGGAGAACAGUGUUUAAUAUUGAAAAACAGUGUCUAGAAUCGGGCACUAGUGUUUAAAAUCAGACGCAAGUGUCUAAAAGCAGACGCUAGUGUCUAAAAUCGGACAUAGUGUCUAAAAUCAGAUUCUAGUGUCUAAAAUCAGAUACUAGAGUCUAACUUCGGACAAUAGCGCCUUAAUAGACUACUCUGAUCUAGAAUUGGGCGUGGUUAUGUUGAUCAAUGUACCUUUGGUAUUUCAGUCUCAGCUAUGGAGAGGCCUUUACCGUCAUGCGCCGUCAUCGGAUCAAUCUUAAUUUGAUACAUGACCACAAUCCCAAGGUGAGUAUCACUUUUUUAUGGCUGAAUGAAACCAAAUUAGUGGUACAAGUUUCUUGCACUCAAGACCGGGGCCGGGGAACCGGUCAUGUGAGCGAACAUUUUUGGUUUUCUUUAUUUGUUUAUUUAUUUAUAAUAAAAUAUCUACUGAAAUUCUGUCUUUCGCAGCUUUUCUUGGAAAAUUUGGAUAAAUUUGUGAGUCAUGUGGAAUCGGUAAAUUUUAUCAACCUAUUCCUCACGGAUCUUAAGUAUGUGGUUUUCUGAAUUUCGAUUUCCAAUUUAAAAGUGUCAAAAUGUUUACGAUCGGGUGUUUUUAAUUUCUUGAUUUUUUUUUCUCUGGCAGAGAGGAAGAUGUGACUACCACGAUGUAUUCUGAUUAUUAUUCUGAAUCAAAACAGACGUACGUGUUUAUUUAAUAUGUUUUCAACACUUUCCACCCUAACAUCAAUAUGUAUAUUCUCCAUACUUGCCUCUGGCAUUCACGUUCUCACAAGCACAGUCGUUUGACCGCUUUGUUGGUUGCCAUGGUAAUAGCAACUUUUCGUCUUCUUUGCUCUGAUUUAUCACCAACCUGUUGUUAAAACGCCUUUUGCUGGCGCACUGGCGUCUUUUUAGAUUGUUUGAAAGGAGCUCUCACUAUAAGCGCUGCAAGACGCGUGUUUCCCUGCCCGUGGGAAGAUUGGAGACGAGUUGGGUAGAGGUUUGGUUAGACUCCUUUCAGAGCUGUCACUGACUCGUAUUGUUCAAGGUCUCAUACUUCCCACGGGCAGAGAAAAGCUCGUGCAGGAGCGCUAAUAACGAGCGCUUGUUGCGUCGCAGUAUUUUAAAACGGGUAAUUUAGUGUUAACAACUGGGUUGAAAACGUAAAUUAGCCACCGUAAAGGGUAAAAAAGCUGACGUUUCGAGCGUUAGCCCUUCGUCAGAGCUCUGACUUAGGGCUAACGCCUUACCUGCUAUACUCUCCCACCGACGCAGCACCACAGUUCCUUUAGAAACUUACCCCUUUAUUCAUUUGUAUUUUAAAACGGUUCUUCUUUCAACAGCCCUGUUGCGUCUCCAGGUGAUGAGUUAAGUAAAGUUGAUCGAGUUUGUGAUGCUGUGCGCGCUGCCUUGGAAGCUGUUGGCCAUAACAAGUAAGUCAUAAUUACUGGUUUGAGUAUAUUUUAAGUGAGUAGCAUUAGUUUUCUGAGGUUUCGCUACUGACUAGUUCCCAGUUUUAACUUAUCUGUGGUGUCUGAAAGUGCAAGCGAUAUGGAAACUAGUCAUUCAUCAGCGCACAACGAAGAGCACGAAGGGAACUGUUCCCGUGCAUUUCCAACAGAGAGGCGACUGGGGAGGAAUUAGCUCGUUCCUGGCUCUCUAUCAGAGAACAGUGCGUAUGUAUGUGAACACCUCAGUUUUGCCCAAUUUAUUUGUAGAUAUCUUCUGUCCAUCCUAACCACGUAUGUGAAGAAGAAUGAUCCAGAGUUAGAGAAAGUUUUGAUGAUCAUCAAAGAUUUAAAAGGUUUGUUUGUUCGUUUGUUUCAACCUCCUACAGGUAGUAAUAUUUGCUUUCUCACCUUGUGCUAGAAUCCUGGGUUCGAUCUUUUGAUAAAAGUGAAUCGAGUCCAUGAAAUUUCUUCUUGCUUGGUACAAUGUCGGAGACUCCGGAGUGUAAGAAACGUUUUCUCGUCAAGUCCUAUAGUUUUUCCACUUUGAUCCAUUUUUUUCUUCAGUUUUGCGGAGAAAAUCGACUUUUGUUAAAAUCAUACCGUUUUGCCGUCAUUGGAACGAUUUAAAUCAUUGGUAUUUUUGCAGUAUUUAGAUAUUACGUUACCGUUUAGGCGGUCUUAGCGAAAUGCCUAGAUACUACUUUUUCCCUUUUUAUGUAAGUGGUAGGUUUUGAAGGUGUUCACAAUAUAUAUGAUAUUUAUUAACUUAAGUUCCUAUUUUCAUUCAAGCCAAUCCAGUAAAUACAACAGAAACUGAACGAGUUACGUCAGAGGAAGCCCUUAGAUAUGUUCUCUUUCUGGUGGACGUCAAUCAAAUGUAUGACGUAGCAUUGGGAAUGUACGACUUUGAAUUAGUACUUAUGGUCGCUGAAAAAUCGCAGAAGGUAAUAAUAAAAGUGGACAGCAGUAUUCUUUGCGUGUUUAUGUCUAGAGGAAGCCGAUGACGCUGAUUUGUACCAAUUCACAUUUUUUUCAGGAUCCUAAAGAAUAUCUCCCAUUUUUAAAUAAUCUACGGAAAAUGGAGACAAAUUUCCAGCGCUUCUGCAUAGACAAAUACCUUAAGCGCCACACUAAAGCUAUUCAACAUCUUAGUUUGUGCGGUAGGUAGGGAAGUUGUAAUGUAAUAUGGAGUAUUCUUGUUGCGAUUCAAAGGGGAUAGAUUGUGAAGAACAAGUCACCUGUUACCCCAACAGUCCGCCUUGUUGGAGCAAUAGUAAACCAAACACCAGAAACUAAUACUGUGUGUUGAAAUUCUGUGCAACGUAGUUUGCAGUAUAGAUGGGUAUUAGCGACCUGUUGAGGACUUUUUUUUCUCUUUUUUUCUUUUGGGGGGUGGGGGAGGGGGAGGGGGGGGACGAGGGGGUGGUAAAAUAUUUUCAUUCGCUUCACCCUCGUGAGUUGGCUCUUACUGAAGUAGCUUGACGCAGCAGUGCGAGUGACUUCUCUUAUGUAUUCUCCAGGACCAGAACAUUUUGAUGAGCUUGUUUCACUUGUGAAAGAGAACAGUCUAUUCAAGGACGCGCUUAAGCUUUAUGGGAAAUCCAGCCAGGAGCAGCGGGUGAGUCGAUAAGUAUGCGAUUGAAGAUUUUCAUGUUCGUUCUGCUAUUUUUCCUUUCCAAUGAUUUGAUGACUCAGUGUCCAUUUACGAAUGGACUGGACCAGAGUAAGGUCCUAUGCAUCCACCUGACUUAGCCAUAAGCCCACCCAGGCUACUCAUCAAAGACGUUGAAGAUUAGCUUGUCUGUCUCAGGUUAAUUUUGAAAUAACUGCGUAUUUACAGGUUUUAUUGGUUGCAUAUGGCGAGUACCUAGUUCAACAGAAGCGACACGAGGAAGCCGGACUAGGUAUGUUAUUUAACGUUUCAAAUUUAGAAGAGGAUAAAUUUGCAUUUUUACCUAUAUGUGGUUGUUAUAAAUCUGCUUCUACCAAACCCUCCAUGUAUAACCACAAUGAAUUUAGCACUUACUAGCCUUACCAGCCUCAAGUAUUCACGUUCCUUUUUGCAGUAUUUACCAGUUGUGGAGCUCACGAGCAAGCUCUAUCAUCAUUCCAGAAGAGCGGAAACUGGAGACAAGUGUUUUGUAUGGCUUCUCUGUUGCAGCACACUGGCGAACAAGUGGUAUCAUUGGCCAGAACAGUUGCAGGUGUGCUACUCACCUCUUUGGUAGAACUCUCUUGUUCUUGAAACAUCUGUUGGUCAGGAUUAAUGUGUUUGUUUGCAAAACUGUAGGUUAUCUGAAAGGACAUAAGCGUUCCCUUGAAGCCUCCAGAGUCUUGGAAGAAUAUGCAAAGGUAAAGAACUGCAGAGAACACAAGAGUCUAGUUAUGAGUGACUGAUAAACCAUCACUCAGGGUUAGUGCGUUUAUCCUCGCACCAGCUAAUGACAAUUUCUAAACUCUUUUAUGCUAUGCCUUAGAUUUAUGGUUUUUUAUUUGAAUUCCUUCUCUAUUGUUACAUUUUCAUUCUUUUCAAAUUUUGAAGACUUGCUGUUUCUUAGUUUGGAUUUAUGUCCUUGUGCUUUGUUGUUUGGUUUCUUAGGAUCCUGAGGAAGCCAUUGCUGUUCUUAUUGACGGAAUGCAGUGGGAAGAAGCUCUGAGAUUGGUGAGUUAGAGAGUUUUAGGACGGCGUCCCUCCUGUACUAUCACGGGAACUCAAACGUAUUAUCAAGUCUCUGUAAGAAUUUUUUUGAAGCACGCUUUUACUAGUCAAGUCGAUGGUCUCGUUAGCACUAGCGGGACAGAGGAAGCCUGGAGCGAAUGAGUGAAUGAGCGUGUAAGACUGGGGCAGGAUUAUUUUUUCCUUUCAGACUUACGUGCCUUCAGUAGAGAGAGCGAAUUUCCAGAGGAAAAAAGCGACAUAACAGUUUUGCUUAAAACUCGACGGAACAGUUCGUCUCCUUUCGUGUGACUUAUCAAGGGACGCAAGCCCUUUAAACUCGAUGGAGGAUGGAAGCGGUUUAAGUUAACUUAGGGCUAACUUUGUAUAACGUCGCCGUUUACAAGGUUCGUGUUUAUGUCCCUUAUAGAUGCAUAAACAUGAUCGGACAGAUAUUGUGGAGACACAUUUGAAAGGCGCGUUGGAAGAAGGUUUGUAAUAGUAAUUUAACUACUACUUAUCUUCGCAAAACGGGAAUUUCUGAUCAUCCGCGGAGUCAUCAUUGAAGAGUAUUCGCGGGAUUUUUUUCAUCCGAAAGAUAUUUAAAAGAAAAACAAACAAACAAACAAACGUCAUUCCAAGAGUUGAAGGAGUCGUCAUCUCUUUAACAAAGUUUAACCGAAAAUAUUUGCAAGGCUCACUUGAACUUGUUUUCCUUGUAAGAAUAGGAAGCUUAAAGAAUAAAGGUCUGUUUUUUUUAAUUUUAUUUUUUUUAAUCUCAGCCCAUAACCACCACUUGAGUUCCAUACAAGAACAGGAGGAGCUGUUCAAUAAAUACACCAAGCGACUGAAAGUUGUCAGAGAAUUGAAAGAACAGCGAAGUGUAGAAUAUCAAGGUAUAACACGACAUUUUUAGAUAACUUUUUUGGUUGCUUUGUUCCAUGCUGGUUCAUUUGCCUGUACCUUUGAGUCAGCCAAUAAUUUCUUUUUUUCCAAUCAUCUUCGAAAUUUUUUCGUCCGUGUCUUCCUUUACAGAGAGUGGACUGGCGCGAGAUGAUACGGACCUGUUCUCCGACACGAGCAGCGUAGGCGAUAACUCGGAGUAUGCCUCUAGCACCAGUUCCCGUGGGUCAAGAUCAACCGGGUAGACAAAAGUCCUAUGUUAAACUUAAGUCACAUCUUUCCUAAACUUCUUUGCGGCUAAGUAAUUCAAAUUUAUUUUUGACAGGCGAUCCUCCAAAAAUCGAAGAAAAACUGCACGAAAGAUGUACAGCUUGAAAGAGGGAAGUAGAUUCGAGGAUUUAGCCUUGAUGGAAGCACUUUCUGACAUUAUUCAAACCGUUCACAAGACCACAGGUAUGCGAGUCCUGUUCAUGUAUUAGCGCCCUAUAUAUUGGAUAAAUCAAGGCAGGUCCAUAAAGGGCGCGGAAAGAAGAUUUAGGGGCUGAACUACUGAUUCAUUUGAGUCUGGUCGUAAAGACGCAAGCAUAGACACAAGGCUGAAGUACGCAUGUGCAGUUAAGUGUCAGUUAUAACUAGAGUAUCGUGGUGCAUGCAACGUUAUUUCCGAUUACUUCAUUUGCAGACGACAUGGCAUCCUUGCUCAAGAUGUUGGUUUUGUUUGAUCAUGCGGGACAAGCAGCCGUCCUUCAAACCAACUUUGAAAAGCUAAUCUCAAUGAUAGAAUCAUCGAUCGGCGUUAUCUGGCCCCCAGAGGAAAGCUCCAGCAAUUCAAGUCAAGUUUUCCAAGUACGUUAAGCUGACUGUAAAUAUUACCCAACUCUCUAUCGAUUUCUCGGUAGCUUAGUGGUAGAGAAGCGGAUGGCGAAGGCAUGUGUUCGGCUCCUAACGGCGACUCAGAUUUGUUUAGCUUGUACCUUUCUCGUUACAAAACGUCAGUGAGUCUUUUGUUAGUGAUUUACUCUCCCAACCGCGUCAUUUCGUAAUUUAAAGUCUACCCUCCGCUUCCGAUAGCAAUCGGAGGGCAAUCGUUCAUCUUCAAGCAACAACUUAUUAUCUCCAAACGAUCUUCGAGACUUACAGAAGUACAGAGCUUGGUUCUUUUUCAACCAUUUCGUAUUACGUGGCCUUCAAGGUAGAGUCGGGUUUCAUUAAUUUUAAUUUGUCUUUUUUCAGAUCACAGGUCCAGGAGCUACUGUUAACAGCAUCAUUACGGCGAUGAGAAGUGAUCAGAAUACGACGUUAAAUAAUCCAAGAGGUACUCAUCAGUGUUUGCCUUUUUAUUUCGUUUGCGAUGGUACAUGUUUAAUUUUAAACAUUUCAAACAAUUUUAAAUACUAGAAAUCCUGAAGAUGGCCUGAAUUUGCUUCGUGCCAAAAUACACAAUUGACUAUUGCGUGAAGCGCGGAAAAUUUUCACUUACCCCGGGAAUGUAAAAACGGCACCAAGCACGGGCGCUGAUAAACAAAUGGUUUCAAGCGAAGUAGAAUCUUCAACAUGUUUGGAUCUGUCCCUAAAAAAAAGCCUAAAACAAUCUUGGAUCAUUUUAAAAAUCACUACCGUUAUUUCUACCUGCAGAUGAACUGCAAAGACCAAAACCUCCUCCCUUUAAAAUAGCAACGAACUGGAAGCUUGACCAACUCCUGUCAUAACGAAAGGCAAAUCGUUCCCGAGAAAAGGAGAAACAGCGUGUUUCACGAGGCUUGAAGUUCAGUGCUCCUCACAAGCAACGCUCUUAUUUCAAGGACGUAAUGAACUUUUGUCAAGGGUUACAGAAAGUAAGCAAGCAAUAGAUAGGGAGAAAGAUCAAAAGUAAUAAAUGUACGUGGCAGGCAAGAAAGCGACAAUUGCGAGGGUGAAAGAACACAGAAGUGAAACGACACAAGACAAGAAGAGUUGUUUUCCAAGCUCUUUAUAUCAAUUGAGUUAAACACUUUAUGGCUGAUGUCAAGGCAUGAGAGAAUUCAAAAGCUGGCAAUAAAUUAAUAAAUGAACUCCAGUAUGUAAAGUUUAUAUAUUCAGUGUGGUCACUCUUGUAACUCUCUUUGUUGUGGAGCUGGUUUGCCGUUAUAUUUAGCUAAGUCAACUUGGAGGGAUGCCACCACAUCUGACUUUGCAGUAAGCUUGAUAUCAUUCGUUUCACUACAGAGGUUCUUGUUUCACAUGAACAAUGUUGAACCGUGCUUCACCAGCUAUCAAAGAGAACAAAAACAUAGUUGAGGGUGCGACGAUAUGUGACAGUGUGACACAGGUUUUGAGAUGGCGCUACUGAUCCUAGCUGAUGUCCUUCAGGCGAAAGCAAGCCGCCAAGUAGAAAAAAAGUUGGAUCAUUUAGCUUAAAUAUGGCGGCGUGCGAGCCGUAUUCGGGAUUAAAGGAGAGCUAUUCUGCUUGCUUCUGCUUGACUCAGUGUGCUCGCUUCAUUAGCAAAACAGAAGUGAUACUCUAAACAUUUUACCUCGAAGAUUACGAAGUUCAAUCUCAAGAUAUUCCCUCUUCUUUUUCUCCAAAUCCAUCUGCAGCUUGUAUGAAUCUGAAACAACAAUUGAAUCAAAGAAUUUAAAAUAAUUUGAAGAAAACUAAACAAAGACUGGUUUUAUCGAGAAUCGGAUCUGUAUUGAAAAUACUGCUAGUGCCUAACGUAAAGAAGGCUUAUUUCAGGCCCCGGUUCUUCAAAGGGAAGAUUACGCCAUCCACUGGAUAAAUCUCUAUCCGGUAGAUAACACAAUACGUUUUGAUAACACUUAUCCGCUGGAUGGCCUUAUCCGCCUUUGAACAACUGGGCCUAAGUCUUUAACACUUUGGUGAUCUUGGUAGACAUUUUCUCAUUCCCUCGACACUGUCACACAGAUUCUGGAA